AUUGUGCCAAAAUGCUUUCGUCCACCAGACAUAAUUAUUUAUUUUUUUUGUCCAGGCAUUGACACUAAACUACCAUUGUGUAUUUUUUAAAGAAAACUAAUAUGUGUUAAACAUCGGGUUGCGGCGCAUCCGGAUCCAUCAACACAUGAUGCAUGCAAAUCAGAUGUAAAUGCACAGGCAGAACUGGAUCCUAUCUAGAAACGACUGCAUUCUCUGUUUGGGAAAGCUUUUUCCCGUGGGAUCUAGUCCAACAUUCAGAGGCAGUGUCAAGGAUCCGUCCCUCCGCUUUUAAGGCCGGGAUCUUUUGGCAGGUGGGUGUGGCUAGCGGGCUGGCUCCUCCCCCUACCGGCGGCAGCGUGCGCUCUCAGCCGCCCACUUGCACCCCCCGCUCGCCAGGCCUGCGCGCCCGAGCCCAUGCCCCCAGCUCCACGCGGUCCUCCAACGCCAUGUGUGUCCCGCACACUAUGGAGGUGGGCAAACACAGCGCCAGCCAGGGGCAGGGCAUUCGCGGCGGUGUUCCUCUGGAACCGUUCGUUCAUCAGGUCGGCGGCCACACCAGCAUGAUGCGUUACGACGACCACACCGUCUGCAAGCCGCUCAUCACCCGAGAGCAGCGAUUUUAUGAGUCCCUCCCACCCGAGAUGAAGGAGUUCACCCCGGAGUACAAAGGUGUAGUUCUGGUGUGUUUCGAGGGAGAUUCUGAUGGCUAUAUCAAUCUGGUGGCAUAUCCAUAUGAGGAAAGCGAGGGCCUGGAGCAUGAGGAGCUGCCUGAGAGAGAUCAACCUCGUCGGAAACACUCUCGCCGCAGUCUCCACCGCUCCAGCAGCGAGCACAAAGAUGACAGACUGGCUCAUGACAGUGACGCAAACGAGAAUGUGCAGGAGUUGAAGAGUCCUCGACUGGAGAUGCAUUCGGACGUCCCCUUUCAGAUGCUGGACAGCAACAGCGGUCUGAGCUCUGAGAAGAUCAGUCACAACCCCUGGAGUCUGCGCUGCCAUAAACAACAGCUCAGCCGCAUGCGCUCUGAGUCCAAAGACAGGAAACUCUACAAAUUCCUGCUGUUGGAGAACGUGGUGCAUCAUUUCAGUUACCCCUGCAUACUGGACCUAAAGAUGGGCACGCGACAGCAUGGUGAUGAUGCAUCAGAGGAGAAGGCCGCUCGUCAGAUGAAGAAAUGCGAGCAGAGCACGUCUGCCACGCUAGGGGUGCGUGUGUGUGGCAUGCAGGUGUACCAGAUGGACACUGGUCAUUAUCUAUGCAGGAACAAGUACUACGGCCGAGGUCUGUCUAUCGAAGGCUUUCGACAUGCACUCUUUCAGUUCAUGCACAAUGGCACGCAGCUGCGCAAGGACCUGUUUGAGCCCAUCCUGAGCAAACUGUGCAGUCUGAAGUGUGUGCUGGAGCGCCAGGCAUCGUACCGCUUCUACUCCAGCUCUCUGCUCAUCAUAUAUGAGGGCAAAGAUCCCGAGACGGCUGAAGCCUCGGAGAAGGAAAGUCAGGCCUCUCCACACAGAUCGCUAGAGAAACCCCAUGCCUUGGACCCUCACACCCCUCCUCAGGCACCGAGCGUGGACGUGCGAAUGAUAGAUUUCGCCCACAGCACAUUUAAGGGUUUUCGUGAUGACCAAACUGUCCAUGAUGGACCGGACCGAGGCUAUGUAUUCGGACUGGAGAGCCUCAUCAACAUUUUGAAAGAAAUCUGCAAGGAAAAUCAGUAGCCGAAACGUUUCUUUGUUCGUACAGAACAUCUAAUGAAACUGCCCAUCCUUAUAUGAACCAGAGAAACUUUUGUAAAAAUAGCACAUUGAUACAAACUUAUGUGUGUUUUUUCUGUGUCAGUUCUGAAUUAAACUCAGGGGGCUUUCAUAAAUGCAGGAAAUGGAGGUGACCUCUACAAAGGUUCUUGAUUUGUUCCCCUGCCGUCAGGACAGAAAUGGCUCCUGCCCCCAUCAUCAUCACAGUAGACGCUUCAGCUCUGUUUCUCUCAUGGAUUCAUCGCUACCAUGUGGCCAGCUGAAGAACUGCAGUCAUGAUUCAUUAUAAGCAGACAGCCGCUGCUCAGGGCAUGUCCAGGGUCAGGUUCUCUCUACUGUGUUUGAUUGGUAGAGAAAGAGACAGAGAGAGAAAGAGAGAGAGAGAGAGAGAGUGUGUGUGUGUGUGUGUGUGUGUGUGUGUGUGUGUGUGUGUGUGUGUGAGAUCUAAAAGUAUGGUUGAAUUUCAGAAUAUUUCACCUCAAAAUAAUCAGAAAAUAAAGCCUAUUUUUGGACCAUUCAAAUUAGUUUGUAUGUGACAUUAUUUUCAUGACAACUAUGCACUACUAGACAUAAAUUUUCUCAUUUCUACGGAGCCCAUUAAGAGGACAGGUAGAAAAUUUAUUUUCAGAAGGAGUAUUGCAUUCCCCUGCAUUUUGGUUUCCCUCACAAUACCUUCCAUCCCUGAUGAAAAUUAACUAUGGUUUUACUACAGUAACUUUUGAGCCAUGGUAUUUGUAGUAAAACCAUAACCUCAAAAUUUACCAUGGUUUUACUACAGUAACUAUAUUUUAGCUAUGAUAUUUACAGUAAAACCAUAGGAAUAAUACAGGGAAAUAAAUCUAUAGUAUAAAAUUCAGAAUAAUUCUGCCAAAAAACAUGGUUUAUUUUACUAUAGUGACACCAUGGUUAAUGUGUGGUACAAGUAUGGUUUUUAAAACUAUGGUUUCCACUAAGAAACAUGCCCUUACAAAAAUGUAUUAUGGUUUCACUAUAGUAAAGCUGUAAUAACCAUUUAUCCAUUUUUGUGGUAAGAACCACGGCUUUAAAACCAUGGUACGUGUACCAUAAAUUAACCAUAGUGUUACAAUAGUAAAACUAACCAUGUUUUUGUCAGUAUUAUCAUUAUUUUUAUUACCAUUCUUUUGGUUUUCCUGUAUUAUUAUCAUGGGUAACAUAUGGUUACUGGAGAUAAAAAAAAAAAAAACAUUGUAAGUGUUGUGGUUUUACUAAAAAUACCAUAGUUAAAUUUUACUGUAGUAAAAGCAUGGUUCAUUUUCAUCAGAGAUGUAUAAAUGUGCGUUUCCCUCUAAAUUCUCAUGUACAGUGUCGGCACGUUUUACAUUUGUGUUUGUUUGUAAUUAGCAUUAUUCUCAGUGAUGAUUCACAGUGAUGAAACAAUUAUUUUUUAUUAUUCCCUUUAUUAAUUUUGUUUAUUUUUUUAUUUAAAUUCAGUACAACAAAUACAAUGGUGUACUUACAACUGUACUUUGCAAUUAAAUCAUAUUUCCAUUACAGCAAAGAAAAUUGGAUGGCUGCGUUGUAAGGAAUGUGAAAAUUACAUUAAUGGUCCUAAAAUAGGCUUAAUUUUCUUUGUGCUAAAAUGUAAUUUUGUAUUUUUGUGGGUGAAAUAUGAGCCGAGAUUCACCCAUGUGGGUUGAUCAGGAAUUUGGGGUCGCAGUAUUUAUCAGGAGUUAUAAAGGGAGUCGUUCAGCUCAGAAUAGCUGGUGAAAGCUUUAUCGUAGGAGCUGCGGGUGUUUAAAAGGGUUUAUAAAGUCCAUGAAUCCUGCCGUAUGGCAAUAGUUGAUAAAUCCAGUAUAUAACAGGUCAAUUGUUGCUUUUUUGGUAGCUAUCUUACUCAGUUCAUUUAGAACAAUCGUAACAUUUUACUCUUUUACUCUGUUUUCUUUUUGGAGUUAUUUUUCCCCAGCCUCUUUUUUUAAGUGGUCUUAGGGAAAUCGGUGGAAAAGUUUGUUCAUUUGUAUUCUUGAAUUAGAUAACCCUUUUGUUGCAAAGCCUUUAGCUAUCCCAAACACGUGCUUAUCAUUACACAAGAAAACCUCAGUGGACCAUCUGCACUAGAGAUUAUUCUAAACACAUUACAAAAGCAUGAUUUGUUUUUUAGUAUGUUUUGAGCUUGAUUUGAAGGCUUGUCUGUUAGUUACACCGAUACACAGUGUAAUUUUGUCCACCCUCACACACAUGUAGCAACACAAUUGAAAGAAAAACAUUAGGAAAAAAUAGUCCACCUUCCCUCAAUUUGUUCCUGUGUGUCCUGUCAGCAUUGUGAGUGAGUGGAGGACGUCUCCUGUCUCCUUGUAGUGACUUGUUUAGGAUGUUCUCUGUGUCAGUAGAAAUAUUCUUGCACUGUAGCGUCAUCCUUAUAAUGACAAAUGGGCACUUUUCUCCUUUCUUUGACAAACAGACAUCACUUCCGGCCAUAUUGUCAAAUUAUAAUAACUGCAUGUCUUGUCCUAAAAAUCUUUUUUGACAUUGGUCAGACGUGUUGCUGUAGGGAUGUGUCUGUUUUUAGACCUGUGAUUGUGGUCUAUAGCCAUCUCUCGCUUACAUUUAUCUUUUGCAAUUGUUUACCAAAGUUAUAGCCAUUAUGAUUGAUCUGAACAUAUAACUGUGCCCUAAAAAUAUUUGGCCAAUUAAGUCACACUUAAAAAUAUCUGAAUGUCAAUGCAUUAGUUAACAUAAAAUAUAAAACUGAGUGUAAAUUAUUUUCAUUCAGACACUUUUAAUAGUUGCUUAUGUGUCCAAAUACUUUUUAGUGCCACUGUAUGUGAUUAAUGGCUUGCCACAAAAAAAUAGCACGUCUGAUCAUUUCAGUAAACUUUGAAGGGAAUGUUUGAGUAAAAAUGCCACAUGUGUGAUGUGUUCUGUCAAUAAAUAAGCAUUGUACAGAAAUUAUGUUUCAGAAUAUUAUGAAUACAUCACUGAUAAACGUGUAGCUGUUUUAUUUAACUGAAGCUUACAUGUGUGCUGGAGCUUGAGAAACACAGAGAUCAUGAUGUGUGUUUAAGGGAUGAAUUCAUCUGUAGAUGUGCUUUGUCUUUCAUAGAUAUAGAACCUGUAGAGAAAUAAGAUUAAUACCCUUGAAAAUUAUCCUCUAUAUUGUUGUUGCAUGGAUGGAUAUUUUUUUAAGAAAAAUAUAAUAUGACAUCUUUGAAUGUGAGCUAUAAAUCGUUUAUUUAAAAUAAUAAUAAUAAUAAUAAUCUGUUGUCCUGUCUCUUUUAUGUUUUGUGACUGCAUAUAUUUUUAUAAAAUAAUAAUAAUUUAAAAAAAAAGGAGCAACAACUAAUAUUCAAAUCAUAAGUCGAAAAAAAUAGCUGAUUUUAGAUGAAUCAAUCGGUAUAACAGCAAUAUAAAAACAAAACUUAAUGAGCAUUUCAUUAAGGAACUACCAAUGGCAAAACAAAUAAAGGCCAAUCACAAGUAAAUGUGACAAUGUUACCAUGAUGUUAUCACUGUUAGUAAGAUUCUGUUUUCUUGUUUUUCAGGCUUUUAUAGAGAACUUUAAUAAACAUGAAAAUCUUCUUUGA